GGCGCUAGGUUCAAUCCGAGCUAAAUUGAGCUCUGCUUUUCACCCGGAAGCUGUUGAACACGGAGAGGCAGCCACGGAAGGGUGAUGGGUACUGCUGAGAGAGGGGCGGACGGCUCGGGAACCGGGGCUGUUAUUACCCUGUUCUCUCUCCCUGAGGCGAGCGGGCAGAUGGGGGAGUCCUUGCCCUAGCUCAGACUUGCUGCUCUACAGCGGCGUGAGGAGCCUUUCCUUCCGGUGCAAUAUGUUCAAGAGAAUGGCUGAGUUUGGGCCUGACUCGGGGGGAAGAGUGAAGGGUGUUACUAUUGUGAAACCUAUAGUUUAUGGGAAUGUUGCACGCUAUUUUGGGAAGAAGCGAGAAGAAGAUGGACACACACAUCAGUGGACAGUUUAUGUUAAGCCUUAUAGAAAUGAGGAUAUGUCUGCUUAUGUAAAGAAAAUCCAAUUUAAGUUGCAUGAAAGCUAUGGUAAUCCAUUGAGAGUUGUAACUAAACCACCAUACGAAAUCACUGAAACAGGCUGGGGUGAAUUUGAAAUCAUCAUCAAGAUAUUUUUUAUUGAUCCUAAUGAAAGACCUGUGACACUGUAUCACUUGCUAAAGCUGUUUCAGUCUGACACUAAUGCAAUCCUGGGGAAGAAAACCGUAGUUUCUGAAUUUUAUGAUGAGAUGAUAUUUCAGGAUCCUACUGCUAUGAUGCAGCAACUGCUGACUACAUCUCGUCAGUUAACACUUGGUGCUUAUAAGCAUGAAACAGAGUUUGCCAAUGUAGAAGUAAAAACCAGGGAGAAGCUGGAAGCUGCCAAAAAGAAAACCAGUUUUGAGAUUGCAGAACUUAAAGAAAGAUUAAAAGCAAGUCGUGAAACUAUCAACUGCUUGAAAAAUGAAAUCAGGAAACUUGAGGAUGAUGAUCAGUCUAAAGACAUAUAACAAGUACAUACAUUUUGCAGGGUCUAAAAGUGAAGCCUAUUGUUAUCAUGGAACCAACAAUGUAUCUUCUAAAAAAUUUUAAGGGCAAAAUGUGUUCCAAAGGUUUUUUGAGGAGAAAGGGGAACUUUUUGUAUGUAACAUUUCACUAAUUAAAAGUUUAAUAAUAAAAUAUUUUCAUAGUUUAAUUACAAUUGUCUUCCCAUUUUUCUUAUUAAAUAGUGUGGUUCUCUGUAAAAAUUAGGGUUUUUUUUUAAGUUGUCUUUGUGGAACAGUAUUCCACACACAAGCAUGUUCAUAUUGUAGUUUACUGAGCCGGGUAUGAAAUCCCUUCACAAUAUAUGUGUUAAAGUACUAGUUUACUUGAUACAAUCCGUUUACCUGGAUAGAAGAAAAAUUGUUUCAUUUGUAUAUGAAGUAAGUCUGCCUCUGCUUCCAAACUAGUCAGAAUUGUCUGAUAAAGCUGUUGUUGAAGAAUCAAUUAUGGAUUUUACAUUGACAGAUUAUAAAGCUGAUUAUUCAUGACCCUAUGUGAAUUGGAGACAGUAACUAUGUUUUAUUGCUUUGAGUUUCAUGAAUAAAUUUUUAUGGGAA